UCUCUCUCUCUCUGCAACUUAGGAGCUGAAAAGUUUUGCUUCCUUCUUAAGAAGUGAUUAUCAAAUGAUGGAGGGAAUAUAAAUAAAUACCCUUCUUCUUCUUGUUGGUCCCCUGAGGGCACUUCAUCGUUUUAUCCUUCUCAUCUUUUCCUUGUUUCUUUUUUAGGACAAAAAGGGUUGAAUAAGUGGAUUUUGUGGGGGGGGGGAGAAAUGGAGGUUCUUGUGGGCCCCACGUUCGGAAUGGAAGCCGCUGCCUCGGCGGUUACGACUACGUUUGUUAGAGAGCGUCAGUCUGAGGAGAAGUGUAUCGGCUCCUCCUCUUGCUUUUUCCUCAAGGAGGAGGAAGAUGUUGGCGGGUCGCCGGGUGUAUCAUCGGAGAGUUCGUCGUCGAUUGGAUCGUCGGGAGGCAGCGAUGAUGAAGAGGAAGACGGUGUAUUUUCAUCUAGGGCAAGAGGAAGCUUGGGUUCGUUGGGUUCUCUAGAGGAUUCUCUUCCAAUCAAGAGGGGAUUGUCGAAUCACUAUACGGGAAAGUCAAAGUCAUUUGCGAAUCUGUUAGAUGUAAGCACAGUAAAAGAAGUGGAAAAAGCAGAGAAUCCAUUCAACAAAAGGAGGAGGAUUUUGCUUGCAAACAAAUGGUGCAGGUCCAGGAAAUCAUCUUUUUAUUCAUGGCAAAACCCCAACUCCAUGCCUCUUCUUGCUUUGAACGAAGACGAUGAAGAAACGCCAUCAACAUCGUCAAAUGAUGAUAAACUAGAAGCAGCAUCAGUAAAACCUGAACUGCAGCACAGCCAACUGAAGGUCACUCACAAGUCGCAGAGUUGUUUUUCUUUAACAGAUCUAUAAGUACAAGAUGAAACUCAAUAACACUUUUUUUUUAUUAAAAAAAGAUCAAGAUGCUUUAGGGUUUAGAUUAUUAUUCCUUGUGUUGUUUGCUGUUGCCCUUUCUUCUUUAUUUUGCUCGAAGAAAAACAAAAAUUUUAAGUGAUUUAAUAUAUAAAGAGUUAACUGCA